UAGUGAUUCUGCUGGUGGUAGUAGUGAUCCUGGUGGCGCUGCUGCCUUUCCUGGGGGAACCCUGGCAGUGCCCUCUUCUCCUCAGCCCUCCCCUGUGCCCCUCAUCAAAUGAUUCACUGCAACGUGGUGUAAAAACCCUUCCGGUUUGCAGCUCCUAUUUCCUGCAGUGUGCGGAGCGCAGGAUCGUCAGCCGGGAGCCCGGGCAGUGCGGGCACGUCUCAGGGGGCGCAGAAGAUGAGAGGCUUGCUGCCGAGCUGCUGUGUGAGCCUGCUGCUGCUGUGUGCCGCCCUGGGCAGCGCAGUGUACCGGCGGGAGCAGGAGGAACCCCCAGCCUCCGGGAAUGGCACCGUGCACACUCCGGACACACAGGGCAACGACACUGCCAGGGUGACCCGCUUCAACAACAUAGGGCAGUACAUGCCCACCAUCAAGAGCGUCUUCAUCUUCGUGUGCGGCUUCAGCACCUUCCUCAUCGCCUGCCUCAUCGUCAAGAUAUUCAGGUCUGGGAAGAGAAUAAGGAAAACUCGGAAAUAUGACAUCAUAACAACCCCAGCAGAGCGAGUAGAAAUGGCUCCUCUUAAUGAGGACAAUUUUGAGGACGAAGACUCAACAGUGUUUGAUGUGAAAUAUAGAUAUAGGUAAGAACAUUUGAUCUUCCGACAUCUGGACACAAACAUUUCCAGUGUUGCCAAAAGUCUGAAGCAGAGAUUGGAAAUUUUAAUCUUAAAAAAAGAAGAGAAUAAUUUGUUCACAGAUUUUCAUCUGCCGUAAAAUGACAUGGCUAGAUGAGUUUAUCCUUCACUGAAAGCCCAUGUUCCUGAAGACUUCAGACAAAAUCGGGACGGAAGCAUGGAGCAAGCCUUCUAACUGGAUCAUUCCUUUCUGUGUGCUGGGGGAUGAUUUGUCUCUGAUAACAUUUUUUUUUUUUUUUUUUUGGAUACAAACCAAAGAGCUGCUCCCAUUUAUUAAGACAAGAAUACACAAAUCCAUAAUUACUGGAAACAUGCAACUGGUGAAGCAAAAUCUAUGUCCUUCAGAUCACACUUGAAAUAUAUUCCCCCCCCCCCCCCCCCCCAACAUCGUUGAUUUAUAAAAGAAAUGAGUUUCUUCAGCAUCAUCUACAGCCAGCUCCUGCAAUUUGCUACAUACAAAGAGAUAAUACCCAGUGACGCCAUUUUUAUGGAGACAGGCUUUAGAAAAGUCACAGCACUCUCGAACUUCAAUCCAAAAAUUUGUGUUUAAUUACACCAAAAAAUCCAGCAACGUUUCGACAUACAAGUCUUUCUCAAGCUACAUAAGGUUUACAAGUGAAUCCCAAAACAUAUAUAGGGGUAUACAUCAAUACAAAUUUAUUAGGGGGUUGUACUCCAGAAAGGUCAAGCCCUCCCCCUAUAGAUUCACCCAAUCGUGAAAUACAAUGACUAUAUUCAAUUAAUGCGUCAUUUUUAUGGAGGGAUACUAGCAAUGAAGCAGACUACCAUGAUGCAACUAUAUACACUCCAAUUGCUUACAUUUUGCAUCAGCGAGAUCCCUCCUUUUCAAUAGUGAUGGCGACAUUUCCCUGUGCCUUAGCCACAUGUAGGUGCUCUACCUAAUAUGAUGUAUUCAGCAUGAUUACCAUCUGUAUGCAUAUAGUUGUUCCUAGCCUCUCAUAGUUUAUGGUGCGGGAACAUUUUAUAACCUCUUCUUGUGGGUCCAUUUAAAGUGAAUUGUUCAUUUUUUGCUUCCUGUAACUUAUGGUAUUUUCCAUACCAUUCAGCAAUGGAAGUCAAACGCACACGAAAUGAUCAUCUCCAAUAAUCCUAUUGUAUCAGCGUGUCGCUGCCAGUGAUAGCCUUUUUGUUUUGUAGAUUUUCGUUAGUCUGUUUAGAACAGAUAAUUGGGGCAGAAGUUAUUAACCUCUGGUUUGGGAGUGAAAAUAUUUUAGGUCUGAAUGUUUUUAUGGAUAGGUCACUAUGGUGUAUAUGGAACGAUAAUUCAUAUUAAUAUAUUUGAAUAUUUUCUAUGUUAACUAUAUAAUAUGUAAUAUAAAUAUAUAUGUCCAUUAAUAACAAAGUAAACCAUGGUUGACAACGUCGAUAUCCCAAGUGGUGAAGAAAUACUGUACAGCGGUGGUUUUGAAGGUGGGAGAAUCGACCACAAAACUCAAAUACAUUUGUGUGGAGUGUAUGAGCGAAGCUGUGAUUUAUUGAAUUCAAUGCUUUCCUUGUUAGCAGCAGCAAAUAAAGGUAAUACAGUGAUAGAUUAGAUUUUCCAAUAUAAAUAGUGCUUCAUAGGAAAUUGAUUUUACUAUUCCAGGAAGCUGGACUGGAUUGUUGCCACUCCACAUUUUGAACAGUUAUUAAAAGCUAUGUCCUUGACAA